GGUUUGGUUUCUUCAAGAUUUCUCCAACCAAACAAACCCAUUAAUAAAAAAGAGGUUGUGUUGUUGAUAAAAAAAGUUUUAUUUAAAAAGGAAGUUGCUUUAUGUGUUUUCUUUGACCCAUUACACAAUUUAGUGCAGAAGUCAUUACCCAUUUCCUGCAUAAGUCUGUUUCCAUCUUCAUCACUGCUGUCUCAACCCAACACACUCACAUCCAAAAAAGCUAAAUUUGCCUUUUAUUUUAAUUUCUUUUACUUUUUUUUUUUUCUUUCCUUCUCACAACAACAACAACAACAGCAACAACAUGAUGUGUCCUUCUUUUCUGCUUCUUUGUCCUUCUCUGACUUCUCAUCCUCAGAUUGAUAUUAGACUUCUACACGAAACCCAGAACCUUCCUCUCUCCCAUUUCUCUCUUUCCUCUGUUUUCAUCUUUUGCUCUUCAUUUCUCUCCCUCUUUCCUUCUGUGAUUCUGUAAUUACUCAUCUGAUGAAUCCAAGUCACAAAGAUUUUAUUUCCUUGAGCCCUAAUCCUUUUGAGGAUCCGAAGGUCAGGCUUAGGCAUCAUAGCCUUAUGCAAGACUAUGGAGAAUUGCAUAUGGAAACCGAAGCUAUGAGAAAAAGGUUACAGGCAGUGCGAGAAAGAAAGGCAACACUAAUGGCUGAAGUCAGAUUUCUGCGGCGGAGAUACAGACAUUUGAGAGAAGACCAGCCACGAGACAUUAAAAAGGUCAGAGGAAGAUCAAAUGGUGGGAGGAAUAUCCGAGUGGAAGUGUCUACUAAUAAGAGAAGUGAGACGGAAACUAAGCAUGUUUCGCUUCCUGACUUAAACCAUUUGGGAAAGGCUCACGAUGAAACCAAAACCAGUCCUAAGAGAAGAGUUCCAUUGUUCGAUCUAAACCAGAUAUCUGGAGAAGAAGAGCAAGAAACAGAGGCAGUGGACAAUAGUAAUCAAGAGAAGACGAAAGUUGAAGAAAGUAGUUCAUGUAAGAGAAUGAGCAGCAGCAUUGAGAUGCAGCAGAAAGAUGUGAAGCUAUCUUCUUGCAGGAAUGGCGGAAACGGGUCAAACAAGAGGAAAAUUUCAUGGCAAGAUCCUGUUGCAGCUCUCAGAGUCUAAAACAAGAAGAAGGAACCUUUUGUCCUUCUUCAAGUAUCUCUUGUUGUAACAUAGCUUUCAUCAAUUUAGCUUGCUUUAUUUACUUAUCUUCUUCGAUGAAAAACAUAAGACCAUGUACAUAGGACAUUUUUUAUGGGUAUCAUAAGCCCAAAAAUAUUAAAUUAAUGGGUAAAACCACUGACUUGGGCCUGAGCCGUAUCACUGGGGUGAUAUUAGUGAUACCAGUAUCUGAUGAGGUGGCGGCUCGGGAUUAGUCGGGAGAAACGCGUUUUUGUGGGAAAAGAGUGAAAAAAAAAAAAAAAAUCAUUCUUCGUUUUCGCAUUCUUCGUUUCCUCUGUCGGCGAUUCUCCGUCUCUCCUUCGUUCUAAUCGCCGGCGGAUCUCUAAAGUUCCCCGUGGAAGAAGAACGUGCAGAUCUUUUAAGAUCUCUCUUCACCUCUGCCUCUCCACUCGUCAUUUGUCUCGUCGAGGUGCCGUAGAUCUCCCUCGAAGAAGAACUUAAUCAAGAGCUGUCGGUUGGAGAAGGAGAUCCGCCGGCGAUUCAGACGACUAUGAGUGAAGAUAAGUUGAUUUCUGAUUUCAUUUUGUAGUGUGUAGAUCUAGGUUUAGGGUUUGGGUCGAUUCAAGGGUUGGUUUGUUUUUUGGGUUUCGGGAAAUACGUUUGAGAAGGUGAAAUUGGAUUAGGGUUUGGAUUAGGGUUAGGUUUUUGUUGGAUUAGGGUUUGGUAAUUGUUAAUUUCGGUUUGAAAUUGA